AUGUCCGAAGUAUCGAUCAAGAAAGGCCCUAUCAGCCUCGCUGCCCUGCUCUUCAAGCCUGCUGGGCAAUCUGGCAAGACCUCGGGUCUUGUUGUUGUCCAUCCUGGCGGCGGUGUCAAGGAACAAACUGCAGGGACAUAUGCGAAAAGGCUUGCUGAUGCCGGUUUUACAACAAUCGUUUAUGAUGCGGCCUUCCAGGGGGCUAAUCCAAACGAGCGUGUGAGCGAUAUUUACGCUGCCAUCGACUACCUCCAAAAUCUUGACUCCGUGGAUUCAGAAAAGAUUGGCGUGCUGGGUAUCUGCGCUGGCGGUGGCUAUGCAGUGGCCGCUGCCAAAGGGGAUCAGCGACUGAAGGCUGUUGCAACUGUUAGCAUGGUGGACAUCGGAGCUUCCGCCCGUCUCGGAUGGGAUGGCGACGAGGACCCUUCCAAACAUGUUGACUCGCUACGUGCAGCGGCAGCCCAGAUUACAGCCGAGGUCAAAGGUGCUGAGCGUGCCGCCGCACCAUAUGUGCCUCCGCAGCCUGACAACAAGACCCCUCGAGACCUGAGGGAGGCUAGUGACUACUAUCUUACUCCGCGAGCACAGCACCCCCGUGCCGAAAACAAAAUGCUUUAUCUUAGUUUCCCUCGCGUUCUCACCUUCGACGCUUUCCAUCUGGCGGAUGUUUUCUUAAAGCAGCCUGUGCUCCUCAUCGCCGGCUCGGAGGCCGGGUCUUUGUGGCACACGGAGAGGUUGGAUAAGCUUAUUGGAGGUGCGACUAAAAAGAUAAUCGUACCGAAAGGAGCGCACAUGGAUUUCUAUGAUAACGAAGCCUAUGUCGGGCCUGCUGUGAAGGAUGUUGCAGAGUUCAUGAAGACGAACUUGGCUUGA